AAAGGAAGGAAGGUUCGAAUCGAAUUCUCUCCUCCCUCUGAAUUUCAAUUUCUCCCCCUCGGAGGCGGUAUUUAGUUUUUUUUUUUUUUUGCCUCCGCCGCGAGACUCAGAGAGAGUUGUAUUCCGCGGAAAUCAAAGGAUCGUCCAUGGAGGACGUCCUUUUCGUCGCCGGAGGGAAUACAGAGGUUUUCGGGAGCGGGGGAAAUUGGAAAUCAGAGGUAAGGGGGAAAAGAGAGGGGAAACUGGAGAUUAUGAUGAUGACGACGAUGAUGGGGAUUGUCUCGAGAGAGACGGAUUUCUUUAUUGAGAUUUACACGGGAAAAACUGAAUCCGCGAAAGAGGCGGACAUCUGUUCAAUUUUGGGAGUGGGGGGAAAAGUUUCAUGUUGGUACCCAGGCAGGCAGGUGGCAGCUUGUGAAAUUUUCCUUUCGAUGCAUGAUUUUUACAUGUCGUUACAAAUGUGUCUGGAAGUUUGUUUUUGGUUUCUUAGAGGACAUUUGGAAAGGGUUAGGGUUUCGGAUUUUGGAAGAUAGGAGUUGGAUAACUGUUUAC